UUAAUGGAAUUUUUUUAUUGUAUAUUGAUAUUAAGCAGAAUAUAUAUAGUACAAGGUAUUAGGUCAAGAUACAAACGUAUCUUUUUUUUUUUUGAAUCACCAAGGAUACAAACUUAUCAAAAAAGUAUUUUGCCAAUUUAUCAAAAAGCAUACUGACAAAAUAUGUAAACUUAUCUUCUUCUUUUUGAAUAUUUUAAUUGGUGAAAAUUUUACUGAAUAUUUAUUGAGAUCAUAAGUUUUUUUUUGUCAGCGAGAUCAUAAGUUAAUAGUUAAUAUCUCCAAAAUAUUAUUUAAUUUUAUUAGUUAUUAGAACCUCAUCUGAAAAACCUUCAUGAAAAUGUUAUAAUAGUGUGGCUUUAAUCCGGAGUAUGUCUUUGUGUCUUCUGGUUCAAUUUUUCUUCUUCUACAUUACUAAAAAGUAAAAAGUAAAAACAUAAAAACUGUUGUCAUGUUUGAUAAAAUACUUUAUCCACAAGAAACCGCUUCCUCCAGUUCAUAGCUUUCUUCCACGUUGCACAUUAUGUAUCAUUAUUCAAUUGUGAUAAACUUUGAAACGAAAGGUGAUUUUAGAUUUUAAUACUAACUGACGACGUAAGUUUCAAUAUAUUUAUAUGAAAGGUCAAAGCUCACAACAUAAAAAAUACAUUUACUCGAAGUUUCCACAAGGAAUGAUCACUUGUUUUAAUCUGUAGACGAAACAUAGGCAUUUGUAUAAACAAACCAUAUCAUUUACAAUAAUUAUUAAUUAACCUCCAAGAACAGAACAUUUAAACAUGGAAAACUCUAGAUCAGUUUCCAUCCUCUUCUUUGUUCACACCGUAGUCUUAUCCAUCGUCUCCAUCAAUUGCAAAGACAACAACAAUCUCGUAACAAACCAAGCUGCUCUGUUCGUGUUCGGAGAUUCUCUGUUUGACGCCGGAAACAACAACUACAUAGAUACUUUCUCUAGAUUCAAGUCUAAUAUCUGGCCGUACGGUCAAACUUCCGGUUUACCGGUUAUAACACAAACAACAUUCAAAUCGCCCACAGGAAGAAUCUCCGAUGGACGUUUGAUCCCUGACUUUAUCGCUGAGUAUGCAUGGUUACCGUUAAUCCCGCCAAAUCUACAACCAAGUAACGGUCACAAUCAAUUUACCUUUGGGGUAAAUUUUGCUUCAGGUGGUGCCGGGGCUUUGGUUGAAACGUUCCCCGGGAUGGUGAUAAGCUUGGGAGCACAGUUAAAUAACUUUAAAAACGUUGAAAAGAGGUUGAGAUCUGAGUUAGGAGACUCAGAGGCCAAGAGGAUUAUCUCAAGAGCUGUUUAUCUAUUUCAUAUUGGAGGCAACGACUAUGUUUACCCCAUUCUAUUUGCAAAUUCUUCAACUUUUAAAUCCAGUUCCAAGGAGAAAUUCAGCGAUUUUGUUCUUGGUAACAUAACCGCCGUAAUCGAGGAAGUGUACAAAGUUGGAGGAAGAAAGUUUGGAUUCUUGAAUAUUGGAGCGUAUGAUUGUGCACCAGCCUCAUUGAUUAUAGACCGAACAAAGAUAGGAUCAUGUUUCAAGCCAAUCACUGAUCUGAUCAAUAUGCACAACAAGAAGCUUCCUAAUGUGUUAGAGCGUCUAGAGAGUGACCUAUCUGGAUUCAAGUACGCCCUUCACGAUUACCACACUUCUCUAUCUGAAAGAAUCAACAACCGUUUGAAAUACGGGUUUAAAGAAGGUAAGAAGGCAUGUUGUGGGACUGGACCAUUGAGAGGAAUAAAUACUUGUGGAGGCAGAGUUUGGGGACUAUCACAACGUUAUGAAUUAUGCGAGAACGUUACGGAGUACUUGUUUUUCGAUUCAUUUCAUUUGACGGAAAAGGCUCAUCGACAGAUUGCAGAGCUUAUUUGGAGUGGGCCGUCUAAUGUUACUGGACCUUAUAAUCUAAAAGCAUUGUUUGAGUUGAAGUAGAAUUUGUCCAUGUAUGGAUAAGUAUGAAAAAUAAGAGAAGAGAUCAUUAUCUUGCAAAGUCUUCUUUGUAAUGUGCUUUUGUUUUAAUAUGUUGAAAUGUGUUGUAAAAUUAAUGAAUAUAUUUUAUUCGGUUAUUUCAUAAUUUAUAAAAUAGUUAAUAAAUGG